GAGAGAGAGAGAGAGAGAGAGAGAAUUCCUGCAUCCGUUUAUAUCCCGUGUAACCUACUGAGUUACUUCACCAUGAAUCCGCUGACGAAGGUGAAGCUGAUCAACGAGCUGAACGAGAGGGAGGCUCACCUCGGGGUCAAGGAGUCCGUCUCCUGGCACACAGAGUACAGAGACAGCGCCUGGGUGUUUGUGGGAGGAUUUCCAUACGAGCUGACUGAAGGCGACAUCAUCUGCGUCUUCUCUCAGUACGGAGAGAUCGUCAACAUCAACCUGGUCCGAGACAAGAAGACGGGGAAAUCCAAAGGGUUCUGCUUCAUCUGCUUUGAGGACCAGCGCAGCACCGUCCUGGUGGUGGACAACCUGAACGGCAUCAAGGUGACCAGAUACAUGUUCAUCACAGACCUCUGCUUCCACACUGUAUGCUAAGCUAGGCUAGCUGUUUCCCUGUGUUUCACGUUGU